AUGUACUUUACAGUUGCUGCUGCUCCAUCAGUCUAUCCCAGCAAAAAUUAUGAAUCCAGAAUUGUUAAUGGACAGUAUGCUCAACCAGGAUCCUGGCCAUGGCAGGUUUCCCUGCAGGAUUCUUAUGGACAACAUUUCUGUGGUGGCUCUCUAGUAAAUCAAAACUGGGUUAUCACUGCUGCCCACUGCAAUUUUAACCCUGGGUAUCAUCAAGUUGUACUUGGAGAGUUUGACAUGUAUUCCUCAGAAGAACAACUUCAAAUUAAAAGUGUUUCCCAGGUCAUAACCCAUCCUUACUGGAACCCCUAUAACAUGAACUAUGACUGCACUCUUCUCAGACUCUCUUCCCCAGCCAACAUAAAUUACUAUGCCUCUCCAGUCAGACUUGUUGCUUCUAAUGCUGACAUUCCAGGAGGCACAAUCUGUAUUACUACUGGAUGGGGAAGGACAGUACCUGGAGGCGCCAUCUCUAGCAAGUUAAUGCAAACUAAUAUUCCUAUUAUUGAUUCACAAACCUGUCAACAGUACUGGGGGAAUCAAAUCACUGACAUUAUGAUUUGUGCUGGUGCUUCUGGAAGCUCCUCUUGCCAGGGUGAUUCUGGAGGACCUCUUGUUUGCUAUGGAAAUACCGGCUGGAACCUAGUUGGCAUUGUUUCUUGGGGAACAGCAAACUGCAAUAUAUACAGUCCUGCAGUUUAUGCCCGUGUUUCCAAAUUACGCUCAUUUGUUGAUCAAUACAUUUAUUACUAUGGUAAUUCUGAAAACCCGGAGCGGAAUAUAACUGCCAGCCGACCAGCAGCAGAGCAGAACAACCGACUGAUUGGAAAGCUGGAGCGGGAUGUGACAGCCGGCACGUAA